UCGUGUACUGUUUUCAAGUCGAAAGGUCACGAUAAAAACAGUCGACAGGUCAGAGCAAUCAACCAACUACGUACAGUUUUACAGAUAACCAUUGAGCUCACGAAUUGCUCUUCGUCGCUCAUACGCUUUUUGUGUGAAUAAUAAGAGCAUUCUUUUCUCUCAUGGCGAAGGCUGAAGAGCGGGGUCGUUCAAGAUGGUCUCUUUCUGGGAUGACCGCUCUUGUCACUGGAGGCACUCGUGGAAUCGGGCGCGCAAUCGUGGAGGAACUGGCUGAAUUGGGCGCCAGUGUAUACACAUGUUCCAGAAAGGAAGAUGAACUGAAGCAGAGCCUGGAAGAUUGGGCUUCUAAAGGCCUCAAAGUCUCAGGCUCUGUCUGCGAAGCGUCGUCACAAGAUCAGCGCCUGCUUCUCUUCCAGAAUGUUUCCUCUGCCUUCGACGGCAAGCUCAAUAUUAUGGUUAACAAUGUUGGGACACACAUCAUGAAGACUACCAAUGAGUUUACGGCUGAAGAAUACUCUUAUCUCAUGGCUACCAACUUAGAGUCCUCUUACCAUUUUUCUCAACUUGCUUAUCCUCUUCUAAAGGCAUCCGGAGCUGGAUCCAUUGUCUUUGUUUCCUCUGUUGCUGGCUUGGUACAUGUAUCAUUUGCUGGAUCUAUCUAUAGCGCUACCAAAGGGGCUAUGAACCAACUUACAAAAAAUCUGGCUUGUGAAUGGGCAAAGGAUGCCAUUAGGGUUAACUCUGUGGCACCUUGGUAUAUUAAAACCUCUCUUGUCAAAGAGGUUACUUCCGACGAAGAGUUUCUGGAAAGAGUAAUAUCCCGAACCCCUCUCAGGAGGGUAGGGGAACCCGAAGAUGUUUCGUCAGUGGUGGCUUUCCUUUGUCUUCCUUCUGCUUCUUAUGUAACCGGCCAGGUUAUUGCUGUAGAUGGUGGUUUCACUGUGAAUGGCUUUGAAAGUUAGAACCUUGAAUGGGAGUAAAAUAAAAUUUUCAACUACUCCCUUGGCUUUCAUUUGUGUCCAUUAUAGAAUAAAAUGAACAUGAAAAAAUGUACUGGUAUACUUUACCAAAUUUUAGGCAGAUAAUAAUGUCUCUCACUCUCUCUAUAUCCAUGUAUGUUAGUGUUAAACUGAGAUGUUAUGAAAUGUUAGGAAUGUAUUAAAAUGAUUAAUUUGUAAUAAAGUGUUUUGCAUUGUCUCAAUUUAUCUCAUUAGCCAGGCAAAUAAGAAAAUAAUGUUGCUCCCU